GUCGAAAUUUGAUGGUUGGAAGUCUGAUAUACGUGCAGAGCUAUGUGUGGACUUGUACCCCGCUUUGAGCUUACAGGUGAGAUUCCAACAGGUGAGAUUCCACCGUGUUCCAAACCAUUGGCCUUUUCUCGUUGAGUAAAACACAUAAUGACCACUACUUUGACAUUCACUAUUUGUAACCAUUGUUAAAUCACAAGCCACAACACAGGCUACUUACUCAAUUAUAGUAUAGUGAAGUACAGUAUACUGUACAUCGGAGUGAUCAGUGAUUUCUAUCAAAGUGGGGACAUCUGAACAGUGCAGGAACCGUGCGGUAGCCAUUCAAAGUCUGGCAGGAUUGAACAAUUUGUCUCGUCAGAAUUGCAUGCAGCUCUUGCGUGCCAAGAGAGAUAAAGGAGUAAAACAUCCAACUCGAAGUAUAUGAUAUGAUCCGAUCAGCUCAUAUAUUCAUAGCUUGACACCAUGGCCGCCGAGAUCCCCCUUAACACGGCGCCCCGGUUCGUUACGCCCGUCGCAACCCCAACCUACGGCGCCGGCGGCUCCGCAAGCAUCAUCUGCUCAACCCACAUCGCCGCCCCGCCAGCCACUGUAGCCGGAAUCAUCCUAGACACCACCACGUACCCAUCAUGGAACAAAUGGAUACCCAAAGUCGCUAUUGAUUCCCCCGCGCCCUCCCCAGCCUCAUCCUCGGAUCUCCCUUCGUCUCUAGCACACCUAGCCUCCAAUCCAGCCCAACACCUCCUCCUAAACGCAGGAUUCCACUUCGAAGUCCACACGAACCCGGAAAGCCCCUCAUUCCAGCGCACCGACCUCGUCGUCUCGGUGCUCGAGGAGUUCGAGCGGAACGGGAGGAAGGGGAUCCGCGUCUCGUGGAAAACGAAGGGGGAUCCAUGGUAUCUGCGCGCGGAACGUACCCAAGAGUUUCUCGCGACUGAGGAUGGGAUGGGGUGCGACUACUUUAGCUCUGAGACGUUCUUCGGUCCAGUGACUUGGGCGAUUAAGAUGUUUCUCGGGGGGCAGCUUAAGGUGGGAUUCACGCUUUGGAUGGAGGGCUUGAAGGAGGAAGCGGAGAAGAGGGCGAAGGGUGUGGCGAAGUCAGAGGGAGAGGAGUCGUUAUAACUUUUGGCUGCGAAGCUGGAUGAUCUUGGAUGCUUCAUCGGCGACCUGGCCGGAUCAGAGAGGCCUCGUUGCUCGUUGUUGCAUGUGACGGAGAAACCUACAAUGCCUGUUUGGUGGCAAGGUGUCGUGAGUGGUGGGCAUGGCUUUUCAACUCUUUCCUACUGUAACACUUUAAUGGUAAUGAAACAUUAUGUUUGGCAUUUGUUGUAAAUGUAAUCGUUGUAGAACAGCAGUUUUACGGCCAUCUCAUACAGACGAGACAUGCCUAUUUAUAAAUCGUUGUUAUAUCAAGGA